AUGAGCUACACUCAGGAGCCCUUACCAACCAAGCUCUCCACGCGCACUCUCGAAGACUACGGGCCUGGGUCCCCGUUUCGCCACCACGCCACGAUACGUGAGUGGAUUGAAGGCAUUUUCUUCCGCUCCAACUACGACAAGCUGCUCGAGCUAGAGACUACGGUAGAGAGGGCGGUCAAAGAAAAUGGCGAAUGGGUACUGACUCUCCGGAAAGUCGCCUCCGGCCGAAACUACUGGUGGCGGGAAACAUUUGAUGCACUUGUCGUCUCGUCGGGUCACUACAAUAUUCCUUGGCUUCCCGAACUCCCUGGACUCGUGGAAUUUGACAAAGCGUUCCCCAAAGUUAUCCGCCAUAGCAAGCACUUCCGGAGAGCAUCCGAAUACAAGGGAAAGCGGGUCGUUGUGGUCGGCUCCUCGGUUUCCGCCCAUGAAAUAAUACAUGAAAUUCUAGACGUUGCGGAAGCGCCGGUAUAUGCGUCGAUACGCGGUGAGCCGCUUCCGGCCUUCGGCUGGGAACCAUUCAAACAUCCCAGAAUCUCGGUGAAACCCGGCAUCAGCCAUCUUGAGCCGCAGACUGGGCGUAUCCACUUUACCGACGGCUCGCACCUCGAGAAUGUGGACGCUGUCAUAUUCGGUACGGGGUAUACUUUCAGUUUUCCGUUCCUUCCCGACGUGCAAGAACGUGUCAGAGAGGCCGAUCGCCGGCUUCCCGGUGUCUACCAACAUACGUGGAACAUUGAAGAUCCCACGUUGACGUUCGUUGGAAUGCUCGGAGGCGGAUUUACCUUCCGUGCAUACGAGUGGCAGGCUGUUGCAGUUGCCCGUUUCCUGGCUGGAAGAUCUAAACCCUUGCCGCCAAUUCCAGAGCAGCUCGAGUGGGAACGUAAGCGUGUUGCCGAGAAAAGGGGUGGAAAGGACUACUAUUCGAUCGCACCUAAUUAUGAAGAAUUCUUCGAGCUUUUCAGGGAUAUCGCCGGGCCGCCCGCCCCAGGCACAAAUGGACGAAGGCUGCCUCCGUUCGACCCAAAGUUGCUCGAGGUGUGGAGUGGAAUGGUGACUGCAAAGCUGGAGGGAUGGCAACGAAAGAGAAAUGCUGCGGAGAAUGAAGGGCUGGUUAGAGCUAAGCUUUAA